UGCUCUGGAGCCCAACCCGUCAUGCGGAUUUACAAAACCGUGCUGUACUCACAGGAAGUGAUGCACGUGGUUCUGGUCCACAGUCCAGCCAGUCAGAGGGAGUUCUCCCAGUUCCCUUCUCUGAGCCUCGACCCAAACGCUGUUUGUGUUUUCAGUGAUGGAUGUUUUAUCUGGAGGCCCGAGGCGAUGUGUGAAACUCAUGGAUACGAGCUGGUCUACAGACAUCAAACCAGGCAGAUGGAAACAUGGACUUGCCCUCCUCAGUUUUAUGUUUGGGAUCAUGUUGCAGUCGCCCUCCAUGUUGGUCCAAAGGUGUUGAAGUUCAACGUCGAUCAGCUCAGAACUAAGCUGAAGUUCUGCCAGCAAGAUGAAGUUAGUUAUGGCCAAAACUUUGGAAACCCAGAUGGUUUUGAUGGCGCUAAAGCCGAAGUGAACAAGCUGUGGCCCGGCUGGACUGGACUGCUGGAGAUUGAAAGGUCGCUGAAGCACAGUCUAACUGUUACAGACAUCCAGCUGGUUCUUGUUGGGUGGCCUGGAGUGGGGAAGAGCUCCAGUGGGAACACCAUACUGGGAAGAACUGCCUUCAACACCAGCAGUGCUGCCGCCAGUCAGCUCUCAGGUAAACCACAGACUGAGGCUACCCAGCAGUGCAGCCUGCAGCUCGGUGCACCUGGAUGUGUUUAUGCUAUUUAGAGUUUACUCAGAUAACUUUCAGACUGUCAUAUAUUGUUCUUUGAACUAAGGCUGAAGAUGCUAUGUGUUAAAGUUAACAGAUGAAGGUGGGAUUAAAGCUUUAACACUUAACAUUCACAACAACUUCCAGUUAAAAUAUAAGAAUUUAUUAACAAAAACAUUUAAUUCCAAGUCAAACAUAUUUCAAGUUAAAAAAGCUUAAGAAAGCUAAUUAGAAAAUCAGAAUUUUUCCCCAUUUAGAGAUGGACUACCAGUGUAAGUGUCGUGAUCCUGUCCUUUGUGGAUUUUUUGGUUCCGUUUGAGUUUCUUUUUGAUUUGCUUUUUUUAUGUGAUUAUGUGUUUUCUUGGUUAUUGUUUCAUUUCCAAUUUGUUCUGUUUUAGUUGUUUUCUAGUUAUAUUUAAGCAGUGUUGUGUUUCUUGUGUUGCUCUCUAUUGCCCUCUUGAGCCAGUCUCCUUUCCCUAGCUUCUAGUUGCUUCCAUCCACACCUGCUCCCUAUCAGUUGAUUAGCCCAGUCUUUGUUUUGUCUCCCACAUAUACUCUUCCUGUGCAGUUCCUCGGUGCUGGUUUCUCUUUAUUGCUUCUAUCCUCAUACGUGUUUCCCCCCCCGGUGUCUCCUAAUUUUGAUUUCUUCCUUUUGGUUGCUGGAUUUGUAUUUCUAGUGCCGUCUUCAUCCAAAUAACUAAUUUUUGCAUUUGGGUCCUCAACCAAUUUCACCCAACCCUGACAGUUAGGCCCUCUAUAAAUAUAUAUAACGCCUCUUAUUUGGACUCUCUGAAGAUCAGGCCCAAAGUAUGGUUGGACGCAAGCAGCUUUGGUGCAAAGCUGUUUCACCAAAUCUUUGAUGAUAAAAGGCUCCAUGUUUCAGCAGAUCCAGUAAUUAUAAGGAGGUUAAAUGGACAUCAGACGAAGAGCAUCGACAGGAAGAAAAAGAUUAAAAAUAAGAAUCAGAACAUUUUAGCUCAUAGUUCAAAGAAGUUCAGGAUUGGAGUAAUGUCCUGUGGUGUUAAAUCUGUAGCUGAAGGGAUUGACCUUUGACCUUUGUUAAAUUUCGAUAAGCAAACCAAAAGGCUUCUGUGAAAUUAUGGAGAAACUGACAGAGGCGAUUUUUGCAAGAAAGGUUCAAACCAGAAAUCCCAAUGUUGGUAGAUUUACUUUGUUACUGUCAUGAUCAGGUGGAACCCAGUGCUGUCUGCAGAGAGGGACCAUCUUCAGCAGGGAGGUGACCAUCAUCGACACCCCAGGAAUCUCUGGAAGGUUCAGCCCUGACCUGAAGAAGGAGAUCCUCAGAUGCAUCAACCUGUGGAGUCCUGUUCCCCAUGCCAUCCUGCUGGUUGCCAGACUGGGUUUCUUCCCCACAAAUGUUAAGAAAACAGUGAAGCAGAUGGAGACGAUGUUUGGGGAAAACGUCUGGAGCCGAACAGUGAUCCUCUUAACCCACCAGGAUCAGGCGGAACCAGAUGUGAAAACCCAGCUGCAGGAAUGCAAAGCUAAGCUGAAGGAGCCCUUUUUAAAAAAAGUGUGUCUGGUCCUCAACAUCAGCCCAGAGUGCAAAGAUCUCCAGCAGAUCUGGGAUCUUCUGCAUGAGGCAACAAAACUGGUUAGUGAGCAAAUGUCAGUGUCGAGGAUGCAGUGAAGCCUGCAGACUGGGUCAGACUUUGGUAUCACUGAUCCUUUCGUAGGUUCUAUCAUCUGAAGAAAAUUCCCAGCCUUUGAUCCAGAACCAAAGCUACAGAUCAUACUUUUAUAGGCGUCCAGGAUGAACUGCCUUAUGAUUUCAAUUUAGCUGAAUAUUGAUAACUAUUGAUUAAUUCGAUAGACGUCAACCGAUACAGGAUUUUUCAGGCCGAUACAGAUUAUUUUGACAUCAGUCUAACCCUGAAAUUCCACAUCCUCCAUAACGGCCCAGCUUCGUUUCAGUCCACCUGUGCAAAGCAAAGCCUACAGCCUUCGCUGUCCCUUCCGUCUUGCUCCGCUCCAACUUCCUAGGAGCUCGAGGAGAGCAUGCGCGAUAUUAUUAAAUUAAUAGGAGCAAAACAUGCGAUAAUUGUCAUGAUAUUCCAAAGGGAUAAAUAGGAUCAUUUAUCCCUAUUACAAAGACCGAUAGUUGAUCAUUGAUUGUUCUCUACCUCAAAUGGAUGGAUGGAUGUGAAAGAGUUCUCAUUGAUUAACAUUAUUGCACAAGUGCUCCACAUGACGUACUUGAGCGGGUCGGAGAUGGAGGAUGUGGAAUCCUUCAUUGGGGUUGAUUCUUGAAGCCGAUAUCACCUUUUCUUCUUCCAUUUACAUGAUAGAAAUGAUGAGAAAUGUUACACCAGCAGGGCUCGAUGUUAACCAUCGUCCGAUC